AUGGAGGGUGAAAGGAUUGGGAAUAGAGCGGCUGUGAAGCAAAGGGCCAAAAGACCAGUAUUAUUUGCAAAACUUUCAAAAUGUCCCAAAGCUAUGGAAUGUUCAGAGGAAGGGAUUGGAGUAAGAAGGAAGUGUUUCUAUUUUUCUGAUGAUACCGGAAUUUGGGCAGCCAGUAAAAGUUUUUGCAGUUCACAGGGAUCAGAACUCACGCAGACUGAUACACCAGAGGAUACGAAAUUUUUGAAGAAGCACACAGGAACUUCUAUGUACUGGAUUGGAUUGAGCAGAAAACUAGGAGAAUCUUAGAAGUGGACAAAUGACACUACAUUCAAUAUUUGGUCUGAAACUAGUGGGAAUGGAUCGUUUGCUUUUUUGAAUUCUGAUGGAAUCCAGAGUUCCAGGGGAUUUAUUGAUAUCAAGUGGAUUGGCAGCAACCCAAUAUCUAACAGAGUAAACAAAUUGGAAAACAAGUAA